GGGGUUCUGCCCAGGAGGGCUUGGGAGCGGGUGGGGAAUCACUUGCUUAUCCCUGUUCGGCUCUGCAAGACGGCAUGGAGGGCCUGUAUGGAGAAGAUGUUGCCAUGAGGAAUUCACGUUUCUUACUUCAGCAGCGUGAGCUGGUGACCCAUCCUGUGUCCCCACCAAUGCUGACACCCGCAGGUCCCUCCCCUGUCCCUCCGGAGAAGCCCUGGGCGGACGAAGCGCAGGUCGGCAUUGUGUGGACUACAGCUCCCUCUAAUGGUAUUCCCUAAUCCUGACUCUUUGGCCCAUUACUCCUUUGAACUUCCUGAGACGGCAGCGGGCAGAUGGAGCAGCUGAGUUCUGGCCUGUUUGAGACAAACUGGGGAGGCUACCGAGAAACUCCAGCUACAGCAACGCCUGUUGUCUGUCUGUGUGAGCUGUGGGUCAUGCUGCAGCACUACACGCAGCAGUCCGGAUGGCAGCCAGGAUAUUAAUUGGUAGCUACAGAGCUUGGUAUGGCCUGGCUCUGGACCCACUGUUUGGUUUGGGUUGUUUCAUUCUGUUUUGUUUUGUUUUGUUUUCUGUAAUCAGCUGUUUUAUUUCCAUUUUUUAUGAAGAAAUCGUAUUCUAACUAUUCUGCUGGAGCUGAGUUCUGUGUUCUUAAAGGCCAAAUCUGAUCAGCGUGGAUGGAAUGUUCAUUGUAAAGAUCUAUCUAGGUACCUACAAGUACUCUAUGUGAUAGUUCAAGAUACAAGCAAGGUAGGGAUUGCUGCUGUGUUUUCCUACAGUAAAUAACAAAAUGGGGCAGCUUUGGGGCCCCCAAGCCUUCUUCAGAUCCCCGGGAGAGGUGGCAAUGCUGGGCUCUCAGCUGGCAUCUGAGGUUGUCUUUGGUUCAUGGAUUAUCCCAAACUCUUGGAUAUCCCUGUUGCUGAUAAGCAGUGGGUGAUAUACCUGGACAUGAAUACAUCUGGCAAUAAAAAGACAUCCGCUUUUACUUCACACACAAACCAGGCUGAAAGGGUGAGAUCUUCACUAGGCUCGGCUUAUUUUUAUUUACAACUGCUUUUCAAGCUAUCCUUCUACAUGCCUUCAGGGCUUGCAUUUAUUACAAGCUUAUGCAAGAUUUUGAAGUUAGCAGUAGUGAAAGCCACUUGACCAGCUUUGACUUUCCGGAGCUGAGUAUCAUUUCGAAAUGCCUGCUGCAGUCUGUGCUCGAUUUCAUGUCCAACGCUGGGAAUAUAAACUGCAUUUUUCAGUCGUGAUUUUCUAAAGGGCAAAACAAUUAAGGAUUUUCUACCAUAUGUAGUUUUCUUAGAGCUUUUUCUCAUAUGACUGGCAGCAUUUUGGUGAAAUUGGUAGGUGUGAGUUUUCUGUAAUAGGCAAAUCAUAUAAACUGGCAUUUGUUUCCUGGUUUUAUGUUUUCCUGAUGUAUUUUAGGUUUGGGGUUUUUUUUUACCAAUGACAAAGCCAGUGCUGUUUUAGCUGGUAUCAGUCUUAUUCUGGUCUGUGAACUGCAGGCCUUUGUAAGGGCACAUUUCCUGGUGUUCGCCGUGGGCAGUGGCACUGCUGAGUCACCACCACACCCUUUCUUUGAGCACCCAAAAAAGUUAUGGUUUCCUCUUUUGAGAAAAAGCCAGAAGUCAUGAGACUUCUUUAAAUUGCCCUAAAGCUGCUACGCUUACUUGUUUCAUCUUCUUUGCUUAGUGAUUAGUUCUUGAUGGCGGUUUUCAGAAGUCUUGUUAUGCAUGUGGGUGAAAUCACAGCUUUUUGAGCUCUGCAGAAGUUUUUGCCUCUCUGUUUCAGGGCUGUGUGAUGUGUGUUAUCAGAAAACUGCUCCUGGUCAGAGUGGAACUCUAUAGAGAUUACUUAGGAUAAUCCCAUGUUUUCCUAAACCACUCUCUUAAAUUGAACUAUUUGCAACUGCUUCAGUUGCUAUGGAGCAUAGUUACACUGGCAAUCCAAAGAGGACUUUCUUUGCUUUAUAAAAUUGGCUGUAGCUCAACUUCACAUUCAACGUUUAUGUGGAAUAACAUCUGUAGUGUUGAUUUCUGAAAAGGGCUCAAGGUACCUUAUACCACUAACAGCUAAAUCCAGCUGGCAGUUUCAAGUGGGGAGCUACCAUUUGAACCACACGUGCAAAAAAUACAUUAUAGGAACUGCCAGGUCUGAAGGUCGCAUGAUUAUUUUGUGUGAAAGAGCUUUAUUUGGGAAUCUCUUACCUCAGAUGAGCUCGUGUUUAUAUGACUAAGUCUCCCCUGGAACCCAAUGAAACAAAAGAAUUUUGAAGACAAUCCAUGUGGAUCUUAGAACACAUAGGAAAAAGUGGAUGUUGAACAAAAAAACAGUCUUAACUUUAUUUACAGAGGUAUUAUCUGAAAAUGUCUGCUCCCUUUUACAGAGUUCCACUGCUAUCUGUUGGAGAGGUUGCCUUCCUGCUCUAUAAACAAACAUGCAUGAAAAAUGUACCACGGAUGUGCUGUGCUCCUGUCUAUGUCAUCAGUAGUUCUGAAAUUUUAGGAGGAAAGAUUCUGCGCGUCACUUCAGUGACACUCAGCAACCCUGCAGAAAAAGUGGCCUAUCUCAUAAUAUUCCAUAUUCUCUUUGUGCUCUUUGUGUGGACAUAUUGGAAGUCUAUUUUUACUCUUCCGGUUCAGCCAGGCAAAAAGUACCAUAUGUCCUACGCUGACAAAGAACGCUAUGAAAACGAAGAAAGGCCAGAGGUGCAGAGGCAAAUUCUUGCUGAAAUUGCGAGGAAGCUGCCAGUGUACACGAGAACGGGGAGCGGAGGUAUUCGGUUCUGUGAUAGAUGCCAGCUAAUAAAACCGGAUCGUUGCCACCACUGUUCUGUUUGUGCUAUCUGUGUCCUAAAAAUGGAUCAUCACUGCCCAUGGGUGAAUAACUGCAUUGGAUUCUCUAACUACAAAUUCUUUCUACUCUUCUUAGCCUAUUCUUUGUUGUAUUGCCUGUAUAUUGCUGCAACAGUCUUCAAGUAUUUCAUUAAGUAUUGGACAGGUGAACUGACUAACGGACGUUCCAAAUUUCAUAUCCUUUUCCUUCUCUUUCUGGCGGUUAUGUUCUUUGUUAGCCUUAUGUUUUUGUUUGGCUACCAUUGCUGGCUUGUCAGUAGGAACAGAUCUACUUUAGAGGCUUUCUCAACUCCAGUAUUUCAGAAUGGCCCAGAUAAAAAUGGGUUCAAUCUUGGCUUUGUAAAGAAUCUCCAGCAAGUGUUUGGAGAAGAAAAAAAGCUGUGGUUGCUACCUAUUGCCUCCAGCCAGGGCGAUGGACAUUUUUUCCCAAUGAGAGCUUUGUGUGAAGCUCAGAAUCCUCUUCUAUCAAAUGAAGAGCAGUGGGAAGAUGAUGGAAUAGAUGAGGAGCCUCAUGAUUCCGGUGAAGCUGCGUCCCUUGCCAUAGAAAGGGAGACAUAGCGGUUUGCAAAUGGCAGCAGUAGAAAGCUUGUUCAGAAAGCUUCCCUCUCAGGAGUCAACAUCCCUUCUCUCUGCAUGGACUUCAGUUUUGAGAGGCAGAAAAUAAGUGGAUCUUCAAGAUGUAAAAGCAUCAAGAAGUAUCAUUUGAUUGGAAUCUGCAUUCUAGAGUGCUUCUCCAGAAAUCCUGCUAUCCAGAUGUUUCAAGGCUUUAUAAGUUUAAGUUAUGGAGUGAAUGGAACAGUUUUACAGAGUGAUUCUGGCCAACCUUCUUUGGCCUGCUCUCUUUAUUUUAUAAAUAAUAUAUAUUUUUUAUUCAAAAUAGGUUUAAAAGAAAAAAGUAUUGAUGCGAGUGCAUUUCCAAAGGCCUUUUCGUUUUGCAAACAUCAGGGACUUUAGUUCUCAAAAUUCUUCCAAGCCAUAAUAUUCUUGGGGAUGGUAUUUAUACUGAGACUGAUGCUCUAACCUCCUCAGCCAGGUGGCGUUUUCUAGUAUGUUUAAAGUUCUGAGUCUGUUCAACUCGGUGAGAUACAGACUCACUUAAAUUUGGCACCAAAUUGAUAGUUGAUAUAUUUGUGUUGAAAGAAAAAGCACUGAAUGUGUGUAUAUACAUGUGCAACUGUAUAUGAAAACAGAACGAUCACAUUGCCAGUAUCAAGAUUCAAGAAUAUUGUGGCCACAGAUGCUUUUUUUUCUAGGGUAGUGUAAAUAUCUUACAGUUUGAGUUACAGUGCCCUUCAAUUCUACUUAGGGUUACCUAAAGCGCAAACAGGAAUUUUAGGCAGCACAACGUGCGUUAAUUCCUAGGGCUAAAAGGACAGUGUAUGCAUAGUAAUUAGAGCAUUAUCAACUUGUUCCCGGGCCCGUGUUCCAUGGAAAAUCUUGUUUGUGGAGUCAGAAAGGAAGAUAUAGGUUUGAAACCCACAAGUUGGAAAUGUGUGCUGAAUUUUUAGCUCCCACAGUUGUGCUUGGAGUAUAUGUUCCACACAGGUAGUUUCAGCCCCGUAAUGCUGAAGAGACUUUUGAUGUACUGAAUUAUCUCAAACUUCUUCCUCAGUAGAUGUAUUGACUGAUAUUUAAAAGGUUUUUCAGCACCAAGAGGUGAUUAGAUUCUUUAUUUUGUUCCAUUUGCAAUUAGAGGAGUGUAUUGUUAUUUUUACUGUGUGGAAUGGAACUGAGAAUUUGCUGGCAGGAUUAUAUGUAUUUUUCUAGAUCCGAGUCGCUAUUUUAUCUGCAUGAUUCAGAGCUGGCAACUCCAUCUCUCAUGUUUUGAAUGAGGUGCAUGUUUACUGAAUUGGUAUGCUGCUUUUAAGAUCAUUUGUUAGCAUUUUCUAUCCUGGUUUUGUGUUUGUUCAUCAGCCCGUUUGUGUCUGCUUUAACUACAGAAGCAGUUGUCAUGAGAAAUCACCUGAUCUAAGUGUCUGUUGGUGACAAAGGCCUUGGCGACAGAUGAAGACUCUUCUCCUCUGUUUCCUCUGUCGUGCUACCAGUGGAAGUGUGUUAUAAGACAGAAGAGAUGUGCAGAGACGUUUUGUCGAUGAGUAGACAUUUAACUACCUGGUAUAAACCGUGCCCUUUGGACAUGGUGUUUUAUAUGUCAGGCUGUACUUAGGAGUAGCACAGGCAAUAGAGUCUGCAAAACGGGCUACUGCUGAAGUUCAGUUCUCAGAAAUUCGGGCAGGUUCUCCCAGUCUAUCUUACUGUCCUUUCUCUUCAGAGUUGUAUGGAAUUCUCUUGGAGUAUUCCUACUUUGGCCACUUCAGUUGGGUGGUUCUGUCACCGGGUGGCUGUUGACCACUGAAGCUAUUUUUCUUGCUAAAUCUCAACCUGCGUUUCUCGGGAAUGAGUCUCGUGCUCAGUUUUAAGCUGUGAAAGGCAAUAUUAGAACUGAUCACAUUGUUUCUGGUAAAACGUAUUCUGGAGGGGGGAUUGUGAGAAGGAGGUGCCAGUUAUUUGCUGUAGGAAGCGUGUAGGAAUUUAGCACCGUUACUUGUGUAUUUGUGCCUUUAAAACUCUAAAUUCCUUGUAUAUAAAAGCAGGAGGAUAAAUUGCUGACUGUUCCAUUCUGCCAGCUGAAGUGUGUUUUUCAGAUAGGAAUAUCAAAGCUGUGUGAAGCUGUGUGGAUUUACAAGAGUUUUCUGAGCAGGAUCUUGUGUCCUUUUGAGGUUUGGUUCUGUUUACAGCCAUGUCAUUAUUUUAAUGCUAUUUCUCUGCCAAGCAAAGCAGCAGAAGAACUACCUAAAAGAACUGCGGGCUGCAUCUCUACUUGCUGUCUAGAUGCAGCACUGUUCAUUAGUUAGUAAGUAAAAUCUGUUUUUGUCUUGUGGUUAUUAUUAAAACAGAUAUCUUUAUGAUAAUGCAGCUAUCCAGUUCAGAUUUAGAAGCAGCUUUAAAAGUUUCCAACUACUUAAAUGAUGCUUUGGCAUCUGUCCCUAUCUUACUCUUACUAAAUAAACUUGCUCGUAGUUAGAUAUGGCAAAUUCUCCUUUUUCUUAAAAGCAGCUCAGCUGCACAAAUACUCGUGCAGAUAAAAGUGAUAAGCAGUGUGAUAGCUCAGAGCCACUUCAGUAUCUGCACCAGUCAGGUUUUUGAAUGCGUCAGGAUGGAAUGUGAAACAAAUACUGAAGGAGGAAAAAACUCUGGUGUGUCUGAGUGAACAAACUCCAUUUUGUUCUCUUCUGUUUAAUUGAAAGAGAUAUACUUAUUCUGUGCCGAGUAUUUGUACUGUGUAUGCUGAAUUCCAGGGCAGUCGGUGCUGUGCUUUAACCCAGCAGCACCAUAUCAUGAGCCUCUGAGCAGCAGCCACCCACUCGGCCAAUUCCCCAUGAUUUUUCAAGGUUUUUUUCCACAUGAUGCCGUAUGAUAUGGAAUAUCCAUUUGGCUAGUUGAGAUCAGCUGUCAUGGUUCUGUCCCCUCACUGGCAGGACAGUUCAAGGAGUAGAGAAACUGAAAGGUCUUUAGCUCCACGCAGCACUGCUCAACAGAAACUAAACAUCAGUGUUUAUCAACAUUGCUUUUCUCCUAAAGCCAAAGCACUGCAUUGUGGCAGACACUAUGAAGGAAAAGUCAACUCUGUCUCCACUGAAAGCAGAACAGUCAGGCAGGCUCCUCUGCCUGCCAAGGUCAAAGCUGAUGCAGAGAGCUGCAAUGAAAAGUCUGGGGGGUGUUCACCAAAGCUGCAAGUGAGCAGCUGGAUCACUGGGGGAAACCUGUUUCUCCAAGUAGUGCUGCUGAGAUCUGUUUGCUCCGUGCGUUAUUGCAGCUGAUGCUUCAAACGUCACUGCAGAUGACCUAAUAAGGAGGACACUGUUUUUUCACUUGGCAUUUUUGGCCUUUAAGAAACCUGUUAAUUAGAGAUCUGGGCAGCACUAAAGCACUGAUUUUGACUGCACCUCCUGCUACCUAUGGCUUUAAAGCUGGGUUCCUAUUUAGUUUAUCAUUUGGCUUUGUUUUCUUAGAUUCUGUACUAAAGUUGCAUACAAAGAAUGUAGUAUAUGCAGGUUCUGCCAGGUCUGCUAGGUAAGUGCACUGAGAAGCAAAUGCUUCAGGCUGUCUGCAGGCACUGCUGCAGGUAAAAGAACAGCUGAACUAUUCAGCUGAGUGCACCUUAGUGGUUUUUUUUAACAUGCAAAUAGCUCUUUGAUGGGUAAAAUGCAUUUCCACUUUCACUGGUGUGGUCCUGCAGGCUCAGUCUGCAUGAUACAUUGUGGAAGAGGCCCAAAGUAACUUCUGUCCUCAAUGGAUAUCAGACUGCCAGGAAUUGUAGAAGCAUCUGUCCGUGGAGAACAGUUUUGCUGGCCUAGCUUCGUGUAGCCAAGGGAGGGGGAAGAGCACUCUGUGUUGCCAGCAGGCUGCGGGCACAGCGGUGCUCAGUGCGCGUCAGGCCUUGGGCUGCCUGCUGGGCUGCCUGCCUGUACUGUCCAGAUUGCUUGCUGGGAAUGUGGGAGCUGGAAUACAGCCAUCAGAAGCUGUAAUUCUACCAGCCAUCAUCAGCUAGCAAUGCGCGUGGCUGGAGCGAGAUCCUGUGUCUCAGUAUCAUUCACCUGCAGUGUCUCUAGAAGUGCUGAACACACCAGUGAGCUUUGUUCACUUAAAUCAGGGCACAGUAGUGUGAGAAUUCAGCCUGUGGAUGGCAUACCUUGCCUUUGGCCUUUCGUGGUCUCCAUUUAAGUGUUUUACGAAUGCUUCCUAUAGUGGGAGUGAGAACUUUUCCAAGUGGAUGCCAUUGUGUGAAAAAGAAAGAAUUCUCUUGCUGGAUUGUACUGUGGUAGCUGCCACCCUGUCUUAUCCCUGUUCUCUUAGGCUAAUGCUCCAAAAUAACAAACCACCUCCUCACCUCCCUCCUUUCUCCCAUUUACAUUCAGGUAGGCUGUACUUUUAGAGAAGGCAUCAUAUUGAUGCCUCUGCAGAUUGUAUUGUGUGAAGUCCUAUCUUUGGCCGGUGAGUGCUGUCCAAGGAAUUAGGGCUGUAGUAAGCAUCACUGCACUGCACCUUUUUUUCUCUUGCUGAAUUGGUACAGUGCUUUUGGAGUAGAAUAAGAUUGUAUUCCUCUGAACAAGGAGUAGUACUGUAUGUUUUAGUAGGCUGUAGUAGUGCAUGUAGAGUACUGUAGCUGAUGGGGCCCGGGAAGCUUUUUAAUAGCACUACAGCAAUGAAUGUUUACUUCCUGGAACAAGCCAGAAAUGUGAUUCAGCAAAAUCUGUAAGAGCUGUAGUUUUUAUAUUCUGUAUGCUGGUGUGGACUGAAAGCACAACUUAGGCGUUAGUGACAAAACUUGAUGUGUAAAGUCUGUAACAUGAUAUGAAUGUAAAAUGUCAGGGAAAAGUAGAAAUUAACCUUUUCUUCCCUGUAGUUAGAUAUAAAGGAAGAUGUGUUGCAGUGCAUUCAGGGACCAGCUGCCUCCGACGCAGUCGAUAAGCCAGCAGCACAGAUUUGCUGUUUGCAUAGCUGGCUCAUUCAUGAGUGUUGAAUUAGCAGGCUAAGGAGGUACUGUUGAUCUUGUUUAUUAAGCCAGAAUUAAUUAACUCAGAGUCACAUUUUCAUUUCCAUGACUCUUUUGGUACAAAGUUUCGAAAUUGAUCCAUGCUACUUGAAAAUAGCUUGAUUUUAUUGAUAUUUUUCCAAUUCUGUCAGCUUCUGUUUUGUUAUAGAGCAGUUGUUCUGAAGCCAUCAAUUAAAGCAUCUCCAUGGUAGAGUGGCUUUUUUCAUUAAAAUAAAGGCCUGUCAAACAGUUGGGCUGUGAUGAGCGUGUCCAGGCUGUGGCAGUAUGAUGUACCCUUCCUGCUUAAUGCUUAUUUCCUUUUCUGGUAAUUAACACUGAGAUCGUGCCUACCCUUAGUUUUGUUCUUGCUCUGCUUUUUCUCUUUUCCCUUUUGCUCUUCCUCCUGAAUAUGUAGUUGAAAUAUCUCAGCUUUCAGCUGUUCGUGUGGUUUUGUUUGGAUGCUAACAAGGGGAGAGGGUGUCACUUUAAACAGCUGGGCCAUGUAUUUUAUUUGUAAUAAUCUUCAUGUUUGUCAGGGACCGGUUUGUGUUUCCUUUUGUUCCCAGAGCAGUGGGAUCCAACUUUCUGCAUUGCUUUUCUGUUCCCUAAAAAAUCUUUGUUUUCUCACUUCAGUUUGAAUUGUAAACCUUGUGAAGUAAAAUGUAAGUUUGCUUUUCAAAUAUGAGCACAUAAGCUGGUUACGCCUUCAUGCUGCUUGAAAUAUGUAUUUUUUCUGCAUAAGGUUUUAAGAUUUACAGCAGUAUUUGCUAAAGCUUUAGUGAAUAACAAGCACUGUUUUAUUAAAAAAAAAAAAGUAGGUUUCUGUUAAGAAAAAAAAAGGAUAAAGGGAUCAUCCUUGGUUCUUAUUUCAAUUGUGCUUAAAAAAAGGCACAAUUGGUUGCAUCAAGUACUAGGAUCAAACAGCUGAUGUAACUCAGAGGUUUUAUACCUGAUGGCACUUCUGUAAUCUCAGGACUUAGUAGGCUUAAACUACUCCUGUAUUAUGGGGCUACGGGAAGCCCAGGGAGGAAAAAAUGUCUUUGUCCUCUCUGUCUCCUUUCUGAACUGGAGUUGUGUGCUGCACCUCCUCAGAUCACCACUCUCCUCUCCAAGAGAAAGGAGAUUCCGUGGAUUAUUGAAAAUGUUGGCCUGUUUUCUUUUCCCUGCCUGUUCCUGGAGGACCCAGGAUGUGUACGAGCAUCACAUUCUCGUAUCAGCAUCUGGCAUCCUGCUGAUGUAAUGAAGCUCCUGGGUUGGUGCAGACGUGGCCUCCAGUGAGGAGCAGAGGAGGUAUUUCCGACGCAGAGAUGAUGUGAAGAGGUAGGUGGGACACUUGUGCUGAUUUGAAUGAAGUCCACGUGCAGGCAUUCUUCUUUCACAGUUAAGCUCACUAGUAACUUCUGUUGUGCACUGAUCGCCUCGACCUGAGCUAUUCUGACUGAUUUGGGAUUGCAGUGUUGGAGCAGAGAGCCUCCCGUGCUCCCUGUCCCAGCUUCCCUCUGGUUACUAGCACAGAAAACAGAAGUUGCUGUAAAUUACUCUCCCUGUUCAGCUGCUUUUCAGCUGAGAAUCAUUUGCCUGAUUUGAAAAUGGGUAUCUCGAAGAUAAAACUUAAUUCUCAGGAUUAGAUUUCAAAUCUCUCUGUGUGUUAGAAUUCAGCAUUAGAAGCUGUUUUUAUGUUGCUUUAAAAUAAAGCAGUUUGGCUCGUUAGUGUCAAUGGAUGGUUUUGAUUUGGUCGGAAACCUUGCAUGAAGCAGGACACAAACCAACAGCUGCUUUGGGACUAGUCAGCUCCAUUUGAGAGCCAAGAUACUACCUCUUCAGCUGGGCCAGAACUUUCUCUGUAAACCACUGUAGCGUAAAGAGCUUUUCAUAUCAAGGAGGACUGGCUUCUCGGGCUCUGUGCCAGUAACUGCUGAAUUAUUUGGAACAGUAUAAUAAACUUCAUUUUAUUGAUUUAUUGCUUUCGGUUGCUUGAGAGGUAACCAGUAUGGCCUGGUGUUGGUAUUUAUAAAAAUCCUGAGUCUGCAAGAUCUGCGUAAUUAACAUUAUUCUGUUCAAUAAUGGAAUGACGCUCAGAGCUAUGUUGUUUGAUCCCUUGAUUUUGUAGAAAGCAAAUGUUUUCCAGGGAACAUUGCAAACGGUCUGCUGACAGCAUGUGGAUGUUUAGUACAGAGUUCAGGAGUUAAUGCUGUUGCCAGCAUUGAUACUUUUGAUAUCAAAGGGGUUUUUACAAAAGCUUUGGAUACUUGUUUUUACUGUCCAACAGAUGUCUUUAAUAUGAUUGUUUUGUGUAUGUUUCACUAGCAUUUUCCACGUGUUUGUAUGGUUUCUACAGGUGAAUAUACUGUACAUUCUGCUUUGUCAUUUUCUAUUAUGGUUUAUACUAGAAAGCCUGCAUGGUUUACACUGUACCACAGGCAAGGACUGCAUUAAAACCAUUUUUGGUUAA